AUGUCGUAUUCGAAUGGUACGAAUGUUGGUCCUGGAGCUAGCUCCUCAGGCUCCAGCUCACGAUCCAGACGUGAGCUCAUCGACCGCGUCAGGUAUCCCAACCCUAUCCCUGUCCCUCCUUAUCCACCAAAACUCGUAAAGAUCCCAACAGAGCCAUCCAGAUAUGCCAACCCACACUUUGCCGAUCGCCUCGCCAGUCAGCAGCCCAUUCCAAUGGUCGUCGAUGUCCAUGCUGGUAUGCCCAUCGAUCUCGCCAACUUCCAGAACCUUUGGGAAGGAGAUUUUUCCGAAGUCGUCGUGCCCGCUUCUGCCACCCUCGACGCUGACGAUCUCGACGAGGCAGAUGCUUUCCUGCUCCAGGACUUUGCGACCACUCUUCCUCCUGCAGCCACCUCCAAUUCUGCAUCAGGAGCCAUCGGCCUCAUUUCCUCUUUGAAAGCCACCGAUGACCCCGCUUCCCAGGCCACCUUGCAAGCCGCCCUUCAGCAGCGUCAUACACAGUCCCUCGGUCCAGGGGCAAAGGCCGCGCUUGCAGCCGACGACGUCACUUGGCUGCGUCGAACCGAAUAUCUCAGCGCACAGCAAAGGCAAGCUCAGAAAGAGGUGCAGAAGCCCAAAGUUACGGAGCGCAUCGACGUAUCAAGAGAAGCGCAGCUCGCAAAGAUCGAGAAAUCCUUCAAGGAUGCUCAGAAGCCGCUCUCGAGUCUCGUUCAUCCACACAAGAAGGGCGUCAAGGCCGAACAGGUCUUCGACUUCCUCCCGGAUCCAGAAACAUGGGCCACAGACUACCAGAUCGUGCGUUUCAUCGACCACCCAGGUCGCAUCGUCAAUGGUGUUCCUCAAGUCGACCCUCGUCUCGACGUUGCGCUGCUCCGUCCGGUCAAUGCCGCAGACGGAGAGCAGCGUGUCUCUUACUAUCUCCCUGCUGGCGAGGAGAUCUCGGAAGAUGCCGAGGCUCCUAUGACGCUCAUCGACAAUCGCGAUGUGGAGGAGAACAAUGCUCGCCGACUGCGCAAACGCAGGAGAACCGGCAAGUUCCCUGUUCCGCCCAACGAGGAGGACGAGGACAACGAGAACCAUUCCGAAACCAAGCUGCUCAAAAAGGACUACGCUACUCCAUUCAAGCUCUCGCGCGAUUACGUGCCAAAGGACACCACCGUCGCCGCUCACGACGUCCUCGUCCUUACCCUCGAUGACGGCAUCCCCGAUGCGGAUCCAGACGCCGAUGUCGAUCCUAUCAAGGGUGUCAAGUCUGGUCCAUCCGAUGCUGCGGCUCAAGACGACGAUGAUGAUGACCUCUUUGGCGAUGACGACGACGCUGACAAUGCCGACGAUGCCGCUGCCGGCCAGGUCGACUCUACUCUGCCUCCUCAGUCCGAGUUCGAGCGCCAGAAGCGAUCCAGGAGAUCCGCAGCUAACAAGGGCAAGGAGCGCAGCGAGCAGCCCGAAAGCCAGGGCAUUCCCAGCGAAUCUCGCCCCAAAGCGCGCGCCUACUACCACAAGGUCGGCAUGCGCUUCACCCUCCGUGUCUGGCGAUCAAGAUUCGCCAACAACGAGAAGCUGCGAAGUCGAGACCGAAGGUAUCCUGGCAAGUGGGACGCCAUUGUUCUUUCCAAUCGUGAACUCCAGGAGCGAGAACAGCUGCGAAGAUUGCACCUGCGCAGUCAGGUCGAUGACGUCGGAGAGCUGGAUCCUUAUGAACCUGACGAGGAUAUCCAAGAGGUCAUGCUCGAAGGCGAAGACGGAGACGCCUUGGCGAGCGGGACGGCAGACAGGCAGCUCGAUGGCAUCCAGGAGGAUCGCGCACAAGCUGGUGUCGAUGACGACGAUGCUCAAGCUGCUCGCGCAAGCGAUGAUGAGGAUGGAGCGGAGCAAGGCAAUGACGACGAGGACGAUGGCAGCGAUGACGACGAGGACGAUGAGGAUGACGACGAAGAUGGGACGGUGGACGGAGACGAAGAGCUGGCAGCCCUGCGCGCAGAAGCCGGAGAGGCUGGCGAAGACCUGGAUCAGGAUGCUGAGGGCGGUGAAAGGCGAUCCCGCACUCGACGAGCGGGCGCAUCGGCCGCAUCGAGCUCAGCAGCGGCCAUCAUGGACGAGGAUGACGACUGA